AUGGCUGCCUUCCAACACUACGCAAAAGCCCAAUCAGCUUUCCAAAUCCCCCUCCUCGCCGGCGACAAUGCCUACCUCGGCGAUGUCUUCUCUAGCGAUGAAGCGAAUCCCGAGAAGCCCAUCUCAUCUGGGUUAUUCCGCCUUAAGAAGGGCGAGCCCCUCACAUACACAUACAAGUACGACGAGAUGAAGAUAAUUCUGGAGGGCGACUACACGAUAUCCGAUGAGACUGGCCAGAAGGUCGAGGCCAAGCCUGGCGACGUUUUCUAUUUCCCGAAAGGCUCGACGAUUACCUUUACGACAACCGACUACGGUCUAGCCUUUUACGUCGGUCAACGGAAGAAGAGCGAUUUUUAA